ACGCUCACUUGGUAUGAAGUUUGUUCCACGGACUUGCUCUCUCGUGAACCAGAGAAUCCUCCCUUUCUUUCUUCAUCACUCUCAUUAUUCACUCAGACUCUUCUUCCAGGGUUCAAUUUGCUGAGCAAUUCAGCCACAGAAUUCUGGUUUUUCAGCUAAGAUCCUCCUUUCACUGGAUUAGUUAUUGAAAAUGCCGGCUAAGGACUCAUAUUUGAACACUUCUGAUCUCAUAGAACCAUUUGCUGAAGUUGACCCAACUGGUAGGUUUGGGCGGUACGAUGACCUGCUUGGCAGUGGUGCUGUGAAAAAGGUCUAUAGGGCCUUUGAUCAACAGGAAGGCACAGAGGUAGCCUGGAAUCAGGUGCGGCUGAGGAAUUUUAGUGAGGACCCUGUGCUUUUAAAUCGUCUUCACUCUGAGGUUGAGCUGCUUAGAACAUUGAAGAACAAAUAUAUCAUUGUCUGUUAUAGUGUAUGGAAAGAUGAAGAGCGGAACACUUUAAAUUUCAUAACUGAGAUAUGCACUUCUGGGAAUCUGAGGGCCUACAGGAAGAAACAUCGUCAAGUAUCCAUCAAGGCACUGAAGAAGUGGUCAAAACAAGUUCUUGAAGGACUGGAAUAUCUACAUACACAUGACCCAUGCAUUAUUCACAGAGAUCUCAAUUGUAGUAACAUUUUCGUAAAUGGGAAUGUUGGCCAGGUGAAAAUUGGUGAUCUGGGGCUGGCUGCAAUAGUUGGGAAGAGUCACGCAGCACAUUCAAUUAUAGGGACACCAGAGUAUAUGGCUCCAGAGCUGUAUGAGGAGGAUUACACUGAGAUGGUGGACAUAUACUCUUUUGGAAUGUGUUUGCUUGAGAUGGUGACAAUGGAGAUACCAUACAGUGAAUGUGACAGCGUAGCCAAGAUAUACAAGAAGGUAACAACAGGAAUAAAGCCUCAGGCUCUAAAUAAAGUCACCAACGCAGAGUUGAAGGCGUUCAUUGAGAAGUGCAUUGCACAACCAAGGGCACGACCUUCAGCCACAGAUCUCCUCAAGGAUCCUUUCUUUUCUGAACUCAACAACAAUGACCAGGGACCACAUCCAGACCCAACUGGUUAAUCGCUUUAUUUCACAUGUUUUUUUGAUGAGUAUAUCCAUAUCAGUGUUGCUGUUAUGGUAUAUUGUAUUUCUCA